UCCCAACCGUUGAUUCGAAUUCAUUUGGAAAUCAGACGCGAACCGUACUGGACGUGUGUGUGCCGCGAACGUGUUGGCGGUGUUAGAAAUUUAGACCGCGUGCGUGUUACAAUACCGCCGUUUGUAUUCCGGUGGUCGUUCCGAGUUUUCCGAGCGUUUUGCUGCAAAGUGCAGCCGUGUUUUUCCGGUAGCAUUGUUUUGUGGUGCUCGCGCGUGUGUGUGUGUAAAAAUGUUUCAUUAAUUCAACUUUACACAAGUGAAUAGUGUAGUACGCAUUUACCACCAACAACAGAGUGAAUAAAAGUGUAAAAGAUUGUAUAAGUGCAUCGUAAAAAAGGUGUUUUUUUCUGGUUGAUCGUUGAAGUCGUCAACGAUCGAUACGCAAGAUCAUCUCGUUAGAUAGAAACGACUUUAGGAAAGGCUUCCUGACGCGUCUUAAAAGGAAACAAGAUGGCAGCUCAAUAUGGCCGUAGCAGCAGCUCAGCGGCCGUCAUGAUGCUGCUCGUUUGGAUUACGCUUUUAGGAGUGGCACAUUCGCAGAAUCAACCGAGACUGAAAAUUCUACCCGCAUCCUCCAUACAACGCAAACCGGUUGGACAUUCGCUGCUGCUGACCUGUCGACCAGAAGUCCCGGACACUAAUCUGAUCUCGGAUCUCAGAUGGAAUGACAACCGCAACAUGACCAUCCUACCUAAACCGAUGAACUAUUACUAUCCUCUGUACGAUUCGAAAGGUCGUAAGCUUCCAACGAAAGCGGGCCAGUCAUCACCGAUGAUCUACACGGAAUCGAUAGCGGGCGGUACGGCGUUAGCGCUAAUCUUUAACUCGCUGCAGGAGUCGAUGGCCGGGACGUACUUCUGUGCUGCUUCGUACUCCGUCACCGAAAAGCUGAAUGCGGCCGUCGUGGUAGAAACUUACGUGGCCAUCACCUGGAAGGAUGCACCCACGGACCAGCGUCCUCUGAUGGGUACGGACUACAUCGUACGUUGCGAAGUAACCGCAAACCCACCAGCAACUGUUGAUUGGCUUCGCAACGGUGAUCAGAUUAAAUCCAGCGGUCGGUAUGUGAUCGAAAACCGAGGAUUGCUUAUCAAAAACAUUACCGAGGCGGAUGAUGGUGUGUAUACAUGUCGGGCAGCGGUAAUGUCGACGGGUGAGCUGAAGAACCGUGAGAUAAGGGUCGAAGUGCAGAUCAUGCCGGAAGUUCAGCGACUGCCGCGUGUUAUGGAUGCCGUCGAGGGCCAAUCGUUUUCGGUGAUGUGUAAUGCAACUGGCAAACCAGUGCCCGAAUUCCAGUGGAUUAAAAAGGGAACGCAACAGAAUGCGGCUGACUUGGAUAGAUUUUCCGUCAACUCUAUCACUGGUCAGCUCGAUAUCAGCACUGUGGAACAGCAGGAUCAUGACAACUACGCCUGUAUCGCACGCAAUCCGGCCGGCCAUUCUGAGUCUGUGAUGAAACUUAACGUGUUGAUUCGUCCGAAAAUAAUCGAAUUUAUCAACAUCACCGUAUCGGAAAAUGAAGAGGCAGUGUUUGUGUGCAAAGCAUUCGGCCGACCUGCUCCAGAAAUCACGUUCCGUCGCUAUGGUACGGUGGAGGAAUACUCGAUAGGCUUGCAGGUUAGUGACGAUCGUAUCAUCUUGGAGCAGUCGACGGACGAUGAGAAGGGUGAAACGGUCGGUACGUUACGCAUUUCGAAGCUUGCCACCACCGACGAUGGGUUGUACGAAUGUAUUGCGAGAAACCGUGGUGACGUGGCAUUCAAAGUUGGUCACAUUACCGUCGAGUAUCGGCCAAUCUUCGAUCACAUGAAGGCUCUACCGCCAGUAUACACCUGGGAGGAGCGUACGGCUAACCUGAGCUGCUUUGCCCAAGCCAUUCCGAACGCAACGAUCGAGUGGCGUUUCAAUGAUCGACGCGUGCAAGACCUGUACGAUCAAAACUUGCGCAUCGAAAACGAAGGACUGCGCAGUGAUUUGUUGGUUACGCCGCGCGAUCGUCGCUACUACACCGCUUACAAAUGUGUCGCCCACAACAGGCUGGGCAGUGCGGAGCAUUUGAUGGAGUUGCGUGAAGCUCGCAUUCCGGAAUCGGUCCCACAGGCAAAACCGCGCGUCGUUAGUGCAACUUCGAUCACGUUCGACAUUAUGGCACCGCCGGUCGAACCUGGGUUGCCGCUGACAGCGUUUUCCGUACAGUGGAAGGAACAGUUCCAAAGUGAUUGGAACUUUGCCUUCAAUCGUACCUGGUCACCCGACAGUCCGUACAUAGUGGAAGGUUUGCGACCACAGACAGCCUAUUCCUUCCGCUUUGCCGCAAGGAAUGUCGUGGGGCUCAGUCAGUGGGGUGCUUAUGUGGAUCAGUCGACACCGCGUCGUUCAGAGCCGGAAACGCCACGCAUCCUUCACACGCCCAUCCAGGACGAGGAGGAAGACAGUGAUCCAAUCGUUACCUCACCGUACGCCGAUCAUUUCGAUAUGCGGUGGAGCAUACCGGUGGACAACGGUGAGCCAAUCGAUAUGUAUCGCAUCAAAUACUGUCCGGGUACCAAGGUGAACGGAUACUGGACCGAGAUGGAGGAGCACUGCAUCGAGCAGGACAUAGCGCGCAUGACCAACUACGAAAUGCGCAACUUGCAGGCCGACACCUACUACCGGAUAGAGCUGAUGGCGCACAACGCAAUCGGCUUCUCGAAGCCGGCCCACGUACUGAUGAAGACGGCACGAGAUAAUUAUUACACUGGUAGUGCGAGCGUAUGCAAAGGGAGCACCGUUCGUUGGUGGUGGUGGUUAUGUUGGUCGUUCGUCCUUUCAGCACUGCCAUCGGUAGCCGCGAUCAGUGCCAGUGUGGAGUGUGCAUCGAAUGGUUGUGGUAGUGGUAGCAGUAGUAGCAGCAAACCGAUUACCAAUGCCCAUCGAAAGAAGGAACGUACGCCUAGUAGAAAGGACACCACAUUCAAGUGGUCCAUACUCAACGGUAGUGGAUCGUAAGAUUAUUGUGACAUACUGCAUGGCGAACUAGUAAAAAGCGAAUGAACUUUCUGAAAAUAAAACGGGUGCUCUAAAUAAAGCAAAAAACCCAGUGUUCACUACUCCUUUUCGAAAAGGAGGGAGGAAAAAAAGAAAAAAGAUAGGAAAUAUGUCGGAACUGAAAUAGUUAGGCAGAGUAAUAUACAAAUCAUUAUCAACAUUAUCAAAAGCUACCAAGAACCAACGAGUAAAACAUUAUAACAGAACAUCGUACAGUCACUUUUUGUAACAGCUUUAAAGGAAAAAUGAAUCAGGAUGCAUUACCACCCACAUGGCAGUCAAUUUUGAAUGUUUAUUUUUAUCGAACGGAUGUUUUCAUUGUUUACAACAUCACAUUCAGUGAUGCAAUUCUGUGCAGCAGAAGAUAAGUAGAGAUAAAAUACAAAAAAAUCAAAAUAGUUCACAAUGAAAGCAAAUGAGCGAAUAGCCCACCUUUUAAAGCUGUUAUCAAGUAUGUUUAGUUUGAAAACAAAAUGUAUUUUUUCUUUUUUUUAUUAUUUCACUCUUUGGUAAAAUUUUAAUUUAAAAAUAUCUCAAAGGUUCAAAUGAAUUUAAACAAAAAAUGAUAUAAUUGUUUAGUAAAAAAAAUCUUGCCUUUGUCUAUUUUCUAAAAGUUUUUCAAUUCGGUCCAUUUGAUCAUCCUUUAAAUGAUUUAUCAUUCAAAACUUUUCUAUUAUACGAGAAAAAAAAUUAAGAUGCAAUUACUUAAAAACAUCCCAAUUAUCAAAGAUGAUUUAAAAGAAAAAUUUUUGCCGUUCAUAAGAAAAAAAAUACUGCCGUGCGAUUGGCCGUAAGGUGAGUUAAAACUCGAUUUAAAUAUUUUGCUUUCUAAUGGGUAGUUAAGUUGUUGGUGAAGGUUAGAAAAACACGUAAAACCUUUCUGUACUGCUACCUGUUCACUUGACUAACUUUUACAAAUAAAAACAUUGCUGCUUUGUUGAACGAUCUAUUCAAAAGAGAUAACAUUAAAGAGAUCUAAGAUUUUGUUUUUAUUCUUCUCGUGAAGCAAAACUGUUUGCAAGUAGUUUUUUAUUCUUCUCUACAUGUUUGUACAGUGAUAAACACUAUUACAGGCGCGAAACGCGCAACGCUAAAGUUUAGAGGAAGUUGAAUGAAAGCAAGUGUGUGCUUACAACUAUUACUAUUUCUCACAAUCUGUAAUACUAAUGAGCUUAAUUACGACUUUACGACUCUGUCAUUUUGAUGCAUAUUUAAACUAAAUUUCGAAAAAUCGAACAGCUUUAGUGUAAUCGACUAAUUUCCAAUGCCUUGACCUUAUUGUGAGAACCUAUGAAUUUCGUGUAACAGCCUUGCAUUCUGUGUGAUUUAAUAUUUCCGACCGCAAGAAGCUGGGGUAGGCACUAGUGUAUGCAUCUCAACACCGUUACGUGCUGGUGAAGGAAGGAACGAAUUAUAUAGAGAAUCGUACCAUACUGAAAAUGCGACAUCCACGCAAGGAUCUCAAUCCCGUAUAUUAGACAGUGGUGUUAAAAGUGCGAAAAAUGUAGCAAAGAAUUAUUAUGUAAAUGUUAGUUUUGACGAAUGUUUAUCACAGUUAAGUUCGACACGUUGCAGUCACUGCCACUGAACGCUUCUCAGAUAUAUUGGGAAGUUAUUAAAAGAUCGAUUAGAGCAAAUUGUAUGUGCGGUAGAAAAACAUGUACCCAAUGCUCUUCCAUUCAAAGUAUCUAGUAGAAUUUACAAACAUACAUAUAUUUGUGAUAAAAAAAGACGAAUGAAAAAUAAAACAUCUCAUAGAUUGCACGAAAACGAUACCAGCAUAUGGCUGAAACGUCAUUAGAUUUUGUGAACGUUUUGCAUUUGGUGUGCAAUGUCGGUUGUUGGCAAUGUGAACAAUGAAAUUGCAAGAAGAAAAGCUUAUUUGCUUACAGCAUCGUUAGAUUGAAACAUUUUGUAGUGAAAUAGUAUCAUUAUGUAAAUAACAUCAGUAUCACAAGAAGAUAGUUGUAAAUAAUCACUGCCAAUAGUGUUUUAAUCCCCAUUCUAGAUGCUAAAACAUCAAGUUAUGAUUCUAAUUAAUACUAAAAUAUUUAACUUGUUUUUAAAAUUUUUCUUUCCGUUUGGUUUGUUCUGUUCUGAUUUACGUUGACAAUUACUUUGAUUACCAACGAAUCAUUUUUUGGGCCUAUUGUUUGUUAUCAAAUUCUGAACAACUAUUUUCACAUAUAUUUUUUGCACAACAAUUCAAUCCAUAUUUUUAUUUUUUUUUACUGAAAAUGCAUUAGAAUCAGAAAUUAUGUACAUAAAAUUGCAAAAGGAGCACAAAAGCAGCAAAAUCUGCAAGUGCAUCGUUAAUGACAAUAAAUCACUGUUGUUGUUUGAUUGUUUAACAAAUUUGCAAGAAAAUUACAAACAAAGAAGAAAGUACCGGUAGUUAAUUUCAUUGUCCAUUGCAAAGCGAAAAAAAACAACCACAUUAACGAAAACGAGAUGGCGGAGGUUUUUGGUUCCUAUAAACUGUGUGUAGUUUUCAAAUCAAUGGUCAGUAAGAGAGUGUAUGAGUGAAAAUGAGAAUAAUAGCGUGUACGAAUUUCACCACAACGAAAACCAGAUAGGAAAAUUACCAGAUUGUUCCAUUACAAAUGGUUAAACUUGUAAAAAAGGAGAGGAAAAAACGAUUCCAAAUGAACGAUCAAGAUAUUCGCGAUGGUGAGGUUAGGAAUCGUAUUUUGAGCUAUCAUUCGUGCAGUGUAUGAAAAUGUUGCUCCCACUUUCUAACCAAGAUCCCACUUUCUAACAUUAAAAUGGUUCUUAAAACAUAACAGUAGAAAAUGGCGGCUUGUUGUAGAUGUAUGUAUGUGUGUGCGUGUGCGUAUUUUGGGUGGUAACUAUUUGUGGAGUUGGCGUACGUUAGAUAAGAUUAAUACACGUGCUCAUUACUUUCAAGUGUUUGAAUCAAAUAAUUGCAACUAAAAAAAACCAAAAUCCUUACUGUAACAGACAUAAUGAGGGGAGUGUUUGUGCUUGUACAUAACCGGAACAGGCGAAGUACUGUAGUGGAAGAAGGUAGUAAUCUUAGGUGGAACGGGAGUCAUGAAAUAAAUCCAAUUACAUCAUCUAUACCGUCUAACACAUUAAAAACAAAUAUGAAAAA